AUGGCCUUGAACUCAUCCUUGAUCAUGAAGUUCCAUUCAUCUCUUGUUCAUGUCAAACCAAAAUCCAUUGUUGCACCACCUUUGAAUUGCAAUUUUUUGAUAUCAAGACCAUGCAAAAUCACCCAUUUUACGGCCAAAACCUCCUCACUAGACCCCAUCAUUCGAAAUCUUAGAAACACUGCUGUAGUGAUUCUUUUCGCCACCUCGAUGAUUGGAAGAUUUCAAACUUGGUCUGCCAGAGCUGACAGCCAGCCAAUUGUAACUGAAGAGAACACUAGUCAAGAUGAUUUGAUUGGUAUGCUAAAGAAAUCGAGGGACCAAAAGUUUGAAUCCGGGGACUAUGAAGGAAGCUUAAGAGUCUCGAAAGAGAUGGUUUCAGCAGAUCCAGACUUUCCAGACUGGAAAAUUUCAUCAGCAAUGAUUUUGAAACAAAUGGGAGAGACGGAGAAAGCCUUUACAGUUUUUCAUCAAAUGUUGUCUGAAAAUCCGUUACAACCUGAUGCAUUAUUUCAUAAUGCAUUGCUAAUGAUUUCAAAUGGACAGGAAGUGGAGGCGAUGAAAGGAUUAGAAAAAGCUUUAGAGCUUGCUAAAGUAACCAGUAAUGGUCCUGUAAUAAGAGAUGUGAGGUUGGUCAUAGCUCGAGUUAUUUCUGCACAGCAAAGAUUUGAUGAAGCACUGGAGAGGUUUAACGAGCUCGAGAAAGAGGAUCCUAACGAUUGGAGGAUAUAUUUCUGCAAGUGUACGUUAUUUCACUCUAGUGAUAGGAAUGCAGAAGCAGCAGAGGAAUUUCACAAGAGUGACCUACUUUUUUCGAGAUCCUUUCAGGAGGAUGGUUUCAUGAGUAACUUUUACCCAAGGAGAAGGCCUCGGGCAACUUGA